CACUGCGCGGUGGACAUGCGCGGAGCUGCAGCGAAUAUGGCGGCUUGCAUCUGAUAGAAAGUGAGGAAUCUCCCAUCAAAAUACCUGCUUCAAACGUGUCUCUGUGGGUAUCAGCCUGUCUGACUUCAGCUCCUCUGCAGCAGCGCAUUUAUCUUUGGUCAUCAUGGGCCGAACACCGCACAGAGAUCAAAAAGACGAGAAGGAGCGGCGGAGCAGCAUCACAGCGGGAUCUCCCCUCGACAAAUCUAAUGAACCGUUCAGCUGGGAAGACUAUUUGAGAGAAACGUCCUCCACUGCAGCAUCGCCUUCUUGCUUCAAACAAUCCAGAGUCCCUCCCUCCAAUGACUUCAAAGCAGGUAUGAAACUGGAGGCGCGGGACCCUCGCAACUCCAACUCUGUGUGCAUUGCAACAGUGAUGGGCAUGAUGGGUACUCGUCUACGCCUGCGUCUGGAUGGAAGUGACAACACCAAUGACUUCUGGAGACUGGUCGACUCCUUAGAGAUCCAACCAAUAGGGACCUGUGAGAGGAACGGAGACAUGCUGCAGCCGCCACUUGGUUUCAGGAUGAACGCCUCCUCGUGGCCCAUGUUCCUCCUGCGGACUCUGAGUGGAGCAGAGAUGGCCCCUGCUUCUGCUUUUAAAAAGGAACCCGUCAGUCCUGCUAAAAACUACUUCCAGCCUGGUAUGAAGCUGGAGGCAGUUGACAGGAAGAACCCCUACCUGAUUUGCCCUGCCACAGUGGGAGAGGUCAGAGGUCAGGAGAUUUUUGUCAUGUUUGACGGCUGGCGAGGCGCCUUCGAUUACUGGUGCCCCUUCGACUCCAGAGACAUCUUCCCUGUCGGCUGGUGCGCCCUGACGAAACACAGCUUACAGCCGCCUGGAAACUUCUUUACCCUCCCUGGUGCGCUCCUCGCUCCUGUUUCUUCCUCCUCAACCUCUCUCACUGCACGUCGCUCCUCUUCCAACUCCUCCUCCUCCAUGCAGACCUCAUACAGACUGCCCAACCCCUUGCCACCCCUCCCUGUGCGCAAGGGUGUCCGAGGUCGUCGUCCAAAAUCCCAGACUAUUGCUUUGUUGAAGGCAGCGGCUGAGGCAGCAGCGGCAGCAGCAGCAGUAAAUGGAGCAUCACAGAGCCCUGCCAGAACGAGCUCUGAGGCUCCACUGGCCCCCAGACCACACAAGAAGAGAGGGCCCAAGCCCAGGAGCAAGAGGAAGCCUCGAGUGGUGCAAUCCCUGGGGACACCUGCAGUUACAGCUCCACCUCCAGAGACCAGACUGAGCUCUGGACACGUCUCAGCAGACAACAACCACAGCAACAGCUCAAAUGUAGUUUGCACAGUGUGUGUCUAUGUGAACAAACACGGCGACUAUGGCCCGCACCUGGACAGAAAACUAGUGCAGCAGCUCCCCGACCACUUUGGUCCAGCUCCAGUCAACGCAGUGCUCCAGCAGGCUGUUCAGGCCUGUGUGGACUGUACGUACCAGCCCUCUGUGAUGCUGUCAUUCCUACAGAGCCAGUCUCAUACAGGAGGAGAAGUCAUCAGAGUACGGUCAGAGCAUGGUAUCCGCUAUGUGAAGCUGCCCUCGGCCUCCAGUACGUCUUCUGUGCUGCGGUUCCUGGAGAACAUGUGCCAGCAUCUAGAGAGCGACAGUCUGUUCAGCUCGCAGCCGUUCAGCUCCUUCAGCAACAACACACGCUUCUACAACAGGACCAAGUCAGAACCACUGUCGCACACUGAGAACGGCCUGCCCAAUGACGAGUCCAAAAAGGAUCCAGCUCCCAACACGCGCCCUCCUCACACCACUUCAGACUACAGAGCAGCAAAGAAAGAGCGGACAUAUUACCCUGGACACACAAACACACCGCCACCCCUACGACGCGUCAGCUCCAACCCCACCGAACUUGGCCAAGUGUGUCCACCAAGACGAGUGGAGGCUACAAGUUCAACAACAGGCUCAGACCACGUGAAACAGGACAAGGAGGGUUCAGGGAACGAUGCUUCUUCCUGGUCAGUUGAUGAUGUCAUGCGGUUUGUCCAAGAAGCUGAUCCUCAUACUCUCGGUCCGCAUGUCGAACUGUUCAGGAAACAUGAGAUUGAUGGCAAGGCUCUGAUGCUGCUGCGCAGUGAUGUCAUUAUGAAGUACAUGGGACUGAAGCUGGGCCCGGCGCUCAAACUCUGUCAUCACAUCGAGAAGCUGAAACAGACCAAACAAUAGAGGACAAAGGCACUCUCUUUAUAUUAUUCUACAGGGAUGUAGUGCAGUGUAAAUCCACCUGAACCAGGGUCGUAGCUACCAUUGAGGACACUGAGGUCAAAUCCUCUGUAUUUAUUUAUUUUUUGUGAACUGGGGGUUUCAGCAACUUGCAGGGAGUUAAAGAAAACAAACUCACACAUGAUUUCAGUAUUUUUGGGAUCAAGCUGUUUAAAUUUUACUACUUUUUAUCCAACAAAUAGAUUUUUAUUCUUGUAAGGUUUUGAAACAGCAUUUAGACAUGUCGUCAUGCCGGGAAAUAAAAAUUACAACCAGUAUAAUAAAACAAAUUAAAAACAUUUCAGAUCUUUUUAUUGAUUUCUCGUCAAAUUUUGAGGGUGGUGUGUUGUGCACCAGGGGACCAUUGACCUCAGUAUUUUUGAAAUCCUGGCUACGGCCCUGAUCUGAACACAUUUAAUUUUUAAUUUACAGACGCCAGUUUACUUUCACAUCAAAACAGAUGCACAGUACAUGAAUCCAUCAUUUGAAAAAGUGUAAUUAGCAUCAGAUAUCUGAGCAUAGGCAUGAUUUGUGUUCAUGUUUGUGUCUUUUUGCCUUUUUAUGAACAACUGGAGACCAUCAUUUAUCAAACAUUCAGUUAUAUGCUGUAGGCUUUGCAGCUUUAUCUUUUGUGAUAUCCAGCUAUUAAAGUAUUCUUUUCAGAUUUUCAGGAUGGACGCUCUCCAUUCAAGAUUGGGAAAGUUAGUUCAGGUACUGGCAGUGAACUCCUCACUGCAUCAUUUCUAACAAUGCAAUAAAGUUUCUGAAUGACUGCGUCUGUUCCAGGCUGUCAGACUUAGUUUAUGCAAGCCGGUGAAUGUAUGAAGUACAUACAAGCAUUAUUACUAACAGGUACUAAACAGGAGUGCCGCAGUUACGUGAAUGAGAAGUGCUGAAUGGUGUCAUUCCAAAAAGCUGGAGAAGUUGUCUUGUUUCCUGAAGUCAGUCAUUACACAAAUGAUUUUUGUCCUCAAACACUUCAGUAUUUUUUGGGCAAAGGUCAUAUAUUAAUGUUACAGAGUCGGCACCACUUAAAUGAUGGAACUUUGAAGAUCAGUUACGGAAGAGUUUUGUUUAAUUUGUCUGUUUUGUGACAG